AUUAAUGAUUUUUUUUCAAGAAAUUCACUAUAAUUUAAACAUUGAUACAAAUGAGUGACAGAGGAGUACCAAAGAUCUGUGAAGUUUGCGGCAACAAAGCCCUGGGCAAAAACUUCGGCGCCCUAUCGUGUGAGCCCUGCAAAGCCUUUUUCCGGAGGAAUGCCCUCAAAGAAACGCUAAAAUGUCAUUUUAACGGCAACUGUAAGAUCGAUAUAAUUACGCGAAAGUUUUGUUCAAAGUGUCGAUUAGACAAAUGUCUUGCCAUCGGAAUGAGAAAGGUAUUCAAAAAC